AUGUACACCAAUGACGCCGACGCCAUCCGCCAGAUCGGCGCACGGCGUGAACACUUCCUCAAGCCCACCGAGAACUACACCAUCCUGGAGAUGUUCGGGCGGAACGUCCUGACCAGCGAGGGAACGACAUGGCGCAUGCACCGCAAGGCGACGGCGGCCUCCUUCAAUGAGAAGAAUGCAGCGUACACCUUCGCCGAAUCGAUCAGCCAAACAAAAGGCAUGAUUGAGCACUGGCUGGGCCCAAACGGUGAAAGUAGUAGCAAAACGAUAAGUACGAUUGAGAGAGACACCAUGACGCUCGCAUUGAAUAUCAUUGGCUAUGUGGGAUUCGGGCUGAAGCUGCUAUGGCCAGGCCAGACCCUGCCGCAAGGGAUCAGCCCGAAGCUGGUCAAGUACGGCAAGUCGGAGCCGCCUGAGGGGUAUACAAUGAGCUUUGCGGACUCGCUAGCUACAGUGUUGGACAAGAUCCUGGCGCUGUUGCUGAUACCUAAAUGGUUGCUAAAGAUACUGCCGUUCAGGUCCAUGAGACAAGCACUAGAGGCAAAUGAUAAUUACGUCAAGUUUAUAGAGGAAUUUCUACAGGAGAAGAUCGAGGAGGUGAAGAAUGGCAGUCAGGGAGAUGGCAUGAACAUUAUGGGACAGCUGGUUCGGUCAAAGUACGGCCGCACCGAUGACAAGCAAGGCGAGAGAACAAACCAGUUUCAGCUGAGCGACUCCGACAUCACGGGAAACGCGUUCAUUAUCAUCGUCGCAGGCCAUGAGACGACGGCCAACGCGAUGCACUUCACGCUCCUCGAGCUCGCAAAUAAUCCCGCGGCCCAGCGGGCGUUACAAGCGGAUGUGGAUCGUCUCUUCGGCGAGUCGGAACCGGCUUCUUGGAACUACGAGCAGAGCAUCAAUGCGAUGAUGGCAUCACAGCUGGCGGCAUGUAUGAACGAGACCCUACGCCUCAUGCCCUCGGUGGCGGAGAUACCAAAGAAAGUCACGCCAGGUCAAGAUCAAAUACUAACAAUUGACGGCGAGAAGCAUGUCCUGCCUGAGUCUAUGGCCAUCAUACUGAACACGGUGGCCGUUCAUCGGAAUCCCAGAUAUUGGCCGGAGAAGCCAAGCACAGUCACGGGACAAGCAAGCGACCUGAACGAUUUCGUUCCCAAACGGUGGUUCCGCCCCUCUAUCGCCAAGGCAGAGAAGGAGCUGGAAGUUGAGGGCGCCGACACAGAGGAUUACGGCGGAUUCAAGGGUCCGGACACAAGCGCGUCGCUCUUUCGGCCGGUGCGCGGCUCGUUCAUCCCGUUCAGUGACGGUGCGCGGUCAUGCCUUGGAAGACGGAUCGCGCAGGUGGAGAUGCUGGCGGCGUUGGCCGUCGUGUUCCAGAAGUACAGCAUUGAGUUAGCCGUCGAUGAAUGGGCAACAGACAAGGAGGUGGCCAAGAUGAGCUUGGAAGAAAGAAGGGAUCUGUACAGGAAGGCUCAGGACAAGUCUCGGGCUACCCUACGGCACGCUUCGUCGAUGCUAACACUCAAGCUUCAUGGCGGCCUCUAUGUGCCGAUCAGGUUGGUACGACGAGGCGAGGAGAGGUUCAUCGGGCAUGUUGAUGCUUGA